AUGAAAUGGUUGGUUGUAUUUCUAUAUUAUUCAACUUUUAUUUCUGCAACUCCACAUGUUAAUAGUCUACGUGAUAUUUUAACUUUUCCAUUUGAAGGUUAUUUUUUUUAUAUAUUAGCCACAGUAUUCUUUUAAUUGAACUACAUUCUAGCCAACACUCCUUUCUGUGGUAAAAUGAGCAAUUUUUGGUCCGAACUUAUAGAAAUUUACAAAAUCUCAAGUAUUUCCACAUCCGAGUAUAACCUAGCUUUUAACAAAAUCUGAAUAAAAAUUGUCAAUUCCCCUUUCAAACUUUUCCCGAAACUAAUUUUACCAUUUUUAGGCACUGAACCUUUAACUGGUGGAAAAACAGUAACAUCAUCAUCAAUAGAAGCGCAUACAAAAUAUGGACGAUUAGUUUUAUAUGUUCACAAGGACAAAUCUGUACCAACUCGACAAAAUCUUAUGAAAUGGGUUAGAAGUUACAACAAUAGGAAAAAGCAUCAAGGAGUUGAUGACAUUGUUUUCUCACCAUAUUAUUAUAAGAAUACAGUCGAUUUUAUCAAUGAAACUGGAAUCGACACAUUCCCAAAUUUGAUAUAUUUUAUCGGUGAUCAUUAUGAAGUUUUCAAUGAAGAUGUUACAAACGAAGUUGGUUUUGUGGGAAAAUUGAUUUGUGUAUGGUUAAUUUUUAUAUUUAGAUUCGUGUGAAUAGUUGGUUCGAAAAACUAGACGAAGUUGUUGUUUUACAACCUCAAGAUCGUCGUUCUUUGGAUCAAAUUAUGUCAUCAACCAAAAAUUGUUCUAACACAUAUCUGAUGAUUGGUGACCGGUCAGGGUGUGAUAUCGAAUCUUGGUCAAACAUAGCAAGGUUUCAUUUUCCAAGGAUUACAAUUUGUCAUUUUACAUUUCCAAUUUACAGAGUGCUUCAUAGAUAUGGAAUUCAAACAGUCAAACUAAAACUACCUCUAGAAAUCAUGUCUCAUAUUUCUUUAUAUCGUCGUCUAUCAUAUUUGGAUGAGAAUUCAUGUGAAUUUGCAGUCCUUUUACAUAAGAAUAAUUUCACAGUGUUCGAGGAUAAUAUAUCACCAAAAAAUGUGAGUUUUUUAUAUAUAUAUACAUAUAAAUAAUGCGAAGAUCUGAAUAAUUUAUCAUUUGAUAGAGAUACUUCGAACGUGCAAAAUGCAAAAAAAAGUUGUUUGAAACUAGAAUUUUUCUCAUAAAAAUGAAUAUUUAUAGGAUAUUUGAAAAAGAUGUUUGAAAAACUGAGGGCUUGAGAAGCCAUCGGUGGAUCCUGUUUUGAAAUUAACUCAAAAAAAUGAUUUUGCAGAUUGAAAAAUGGGUGAAAAGUUGGAUGCUGGAUGCCAACGAUGCGAAAUAUUGUCCAAUAAUGCCUGACUAUCUUCAAACUGAAAUCAAACCAGAACUAACGGAACUUGAAGAUAUAUAUUUCACAUCAGAAGUUGAAUCAGCAAAAAAGAACAAACGGAUAGAAUUUAUUUUAGUAGGUUUAACAGGAGGAUUGGCAGUUAUUGUUUUAGCAUAUUCUAUUUUCUGGGGUUUGAAUGGUUCAGCUUUUGCUAAAUCAUAA